UUUCAGUUAACAUGACUUCAAUCAGGGAUAUGAUUAAAUCUGCAUUCAUUUUAUAUGCUGUCUGUUUCUUCAUAAAUUCUGAUGGAAAAGCUGUGAUGAAGAGGUCUGUAAGUGAAGUACAGAUAAUGCAUGACUUGGGGGAACACCUACAUUCAGCAGACCGGCAAAACUGGCUCCUUGAGAAACUGCAAACUGUGCAUCAUGAACCUGAGGCCGUUGAAGAAACUAAGCCCCGAGAAGCGAGGAGUUGGAGACUGCGCCCCGAUCACGUGAAGCCGAAGGUGCAAAAGAAACCAAAGGAUUGGAACAAAGGUUAUAAAGAUAUCGCCUUCAAAACCAAGCCACAGUGAAAGUGUCAUAGCCUCUCUUUCCAAUUCAGUAGUAAUGAGCAAUUAGGGCAUUUUAUUAUUUAUUAUUUAUAAAACAAGGAUGUCUAGGAGGAUAUCUGCAUAAUGUCACCUCUUGAAAAUUUGAUGUACUUAUUUUGUGCAUUUUUUCCCAUUGCCUAUUGUCAGUGGAUCCCAUGUCUUACACUGUUUCUUCAGUUGUCCCUGUAGCUUACAAGAUGAAUUGUGAGAUCACAUUGAGUAAUCUACAUUACUAACUAUUGGGGUUUCCAAAGGCUAAAUGAGAAAGGCCUUUUCCUGGUGAUAUGUUUUUUUUAUUGCUUUAGAUGCUUCAUUUCCAGAUUUAGCACAUUAACAUAUCAUACUAACAAAGGAAUGCAUAGAUCCUGGUAAUUCUAUUUAGGUUACUUUACAGAAGGUGACAAUGCAAGAAAGAUAUGCAGUAGCAACAACUGGGGCCUUGUCCUUGGAGAAUCAUGCCUUAAUCACUUUUUAAAAUCCUAACACAAUGAAAAUUAUUUAAGGGUUAGGUUCAAAUGCCUAUUUUAUCUCAAGGGGAACAUGUUAUUUCAUAACGUUGAAACCUGAAAUACCACCUGGAUAUGGAGAAACAUGCAGUUGUACAUGCAUAUCUCUUCAUACUUUUACAAUAUAUAGCUAUUUCAACAAUGACAUGAUUGGGUAGUAGCCCCUAAUCAUUCAAACAACCAAUUGCACAACCCUAUAAAAGAACUUUCAAGUUACAUGAAUCUGAAGUGAAUCUGAAAUUUUGGUAAUUUAUGUAGAAAUCUAUUUUGAAGUUGUGAAUCCACACAUAAUUUCUUGGUCACAGAACUUAGUGGAACUAACAGUAUGGAUAAUAAAGACAGUAUGGAUGGGCUCAAGCACACAAGGAGCCAUAAAACAUGCUAGUCACUGCAUUUAUUCCAGUUGAACUAGGGUAGCUUUUUUAAACAUGAGAAUUAUACUCUCUAUUGAUUUACCCAAUAUGGUCUCUAUAUUCCUUUCUCUUAGAUUUUCAUUUCAGACAUUCUGCAAAAGUUGGUUAAUAAAUAAUAAAUAAUAUAAAAAUAUGUUCACCAUUUUAGUCUAGAAGUGAAUAAUCUGAUAAUCAUUUUGCUGCAUCUGCAACUGAUGUUCUGGCUUCUUAAAAGCCUCUGGCAAAGUUUUUAACUUGAGUCAGAAUAUUCUAUUGUACUUUAAGUGACUUGAUCUGACAACAAGGAAUUACUGUAAUAAUGACCCUUGAAUCUGCAGAAAUCUACAUCGCAUUCAGUAGUAUUCCAUGGGAACAGGGUUCAGAUGUGACAUAUUGUGUGUUUAUGGAAGCAAGACUUUAAAAAUGCACCUUUUAUUUAUUCUUUUGUUGUAUGUUCACAUCUUCUUUACACAAAUUCAAUUUAAUUCCUUUAUAACUGUAUCUUGCUAAUGCCUUAUCAAAUAAAUGGACCAAAAGCUAUUGGACAGUA